GAGGUAAUAACAUGAUGUUCUUUGUUCUAGGUGACACCGACGAGCACGGCCUACCAGCUGAAAAGGACAAAUCCUGUGAUACCAACCUAUACCUUUACCAUGAUGAACUUGAAGAUAGGCCUCGUGCGGCAACAUUCCUCAGCUCUCUUGCGGACUAUUCGAACACCAUCCCGACAGCGUCAAGUUGUGACCCUGAUGCCGCCAAGCCGCAGCCACCUGCUCGUAUGGGCACACUCAUCGGCGUUUACUUACCCUGCAUACAGAACAUCUUCGGUGUUAUUCUCUUCAUCCGUCUUACAUGGGUCGUCGGCACUGCAGGAGCUAUACAAGGCUUCCUUAUUGUCCUCACUUGCUGUUGCACGACGAUGCUCACUGCCAUAUCGAUGUCCGCUAUUGCAACCAACGGCGUGGUACCGGCGGGGGGGUCAUACUUCAUGAUCGGGCGGGCGCUGGGCCCCGAGUGCGGUGGAGCAGUUGGCAUGCUCUUCUACACUGGCACCACACUAGCAGCCGCCAUGUACAUCGUCGGCGCUGUUGAGAUCGUUUUGACGUAUAUGGCACCAUGGAUAUCCAUCUUCGGCGACUUCACAAAAGACCCAGAGGCGAUGUAUAACAAUUUCCGAGUGUAUGGCACCUGUCUUCUUCUCGUGAUGGGCAUGGUCGUGUUCGUCGGCGUUAAAUUUGUCAACAAGUUCGCAACCGUCGCGCUCGCGUGCGUCAUACUGUCAAUCACUGCGGUCUACGUCGGAAUAUUCGUCAACUUUUACGGGAAUCAAAAUCUUCAGAUGUGCGUACUAGGAAAACGUCUAUUAAAGGACAUACACAUCAGCAAUUGCACGAAGGAUCCGAACGGUGAACUUUAUAAAUUGUUCUGCGCCAACAAAACCUGUGACCCGUACUUCCAGGCGCACAAUGUCUCCAUUGUCCAGGGCAUCAAGGGAUUAGCUAGUGGAGUAUUUUUCGAUAACUUACAGGACUCGUUUCUCCAAGAAGGUCAAUAUAUUGCAUACGGCAAAGAGCCCGAGGAUAUUGAACAAAUGGAACGACCUACAUACAACCAAGUGUACGCUGAUCUUACCACUACCUUCACCAUACUCAUCGGAAUAUUUUUCCCAUCUGUAACAGGUAUUAUGGCCGGUUCCAAUCGUUCUGGAGAUUUAGCCGAUGCACAGAAGAGUAUUCCAAUAGGAACGAUCGGUGCUAUCUUAACCACUUCCACCGUGUAUUUAUCAUGCGUGCUGCUGUUCGCCGGCACAGUUGACAAUUUACUACUGCGUGACAAAUUCGGGCAAUCUAUAGGUGGAAAGUUAGUGGUAGCAAAUAUGGCAUGGCCGAACCAAUGGGUUAUCCUGGUGGGCUCCUUCCUAUCGACCCUGGGCGCGGGCCUGCAAUCACUAACCGGUGCACCUAGGCUGCUGCAAGCCAUUGCCAAAGACGAGAUCAUACCCUUUCUGGCACCAUUUGCCGUUUCUUCAAGCAGGGGAGAACCAACAAGAGCCCUGCUUCUGACGAUGGUGAUUUGCCAGUGUGGUAUCCUGCUAGGAAAUGUUGACAUCCUGGCGCCUCUUCUUUCUAUGUUCUUCUUGAUGUGCUACGGAUUCGUGAACCUUGCGUGUGCGCUGCAAACAUUACUCAAAACACCCAACUGGCGGCCUCGCUUCAAAUAUUACCACUGGUCUUUGUCGCUGAUGGGUUUAACACUGUGUAUCUCGAUCAUGUUCAUGACGUCAUGGUUUUAUGCCCUCAUCGCCAUGGGCAUGGCCGGAUUGAUCUACAAGUAUAUAGAAUACCGUGGAGCUGAGAAAGAAUGGGGUGAUGGUCUAAGAGGUCUAGCGUUAUCAGCGGCGCGCUACUCACUCCUAAGACUGGAACAAGGCCCACCACACACUAAGAACUGGAGACCACAAGUGUUAGUCCUUGCAAAGUUGAACGAUGACCUGGUGCCUACUUACAAGAAGAUGAUAGCCUUCGCAAGUCAACUGAAAGCAGGGAAAGGAUUAACUGUAUGCGUGUCGGUACUGGGAGGAGACUUCACUAGGCGAGCUGGCGAGGCGUCUACUGCCAAGCAAAACCUGCGCAAGACCAUGGAUGACGAGAAAGUCAAAGGCUUUGUAGAUGUUCUGGUGUCACCCAGUAUUGCUGAUGGACUAAGCCAUUUUGUCCAAACAACUGGUUUGGGUGGAUUGAAGCCAAAUACAGUGAUAGUAGGCUGGCCAUACGGUUGGCGACGUUCUGAAGAGUACCAGCACGACAGCCUUCCUAAAUGGCACUCGUUCCUGCACACCGUACGUGCUGUUACUGCUGCACGGAUGGCCAUGCUUGUGCCCAAAGGGAUCAACUUCUUCCCGGACUCGACUGAGAAAGUGUCAGGCAAUAUUGACAUUUGGUGGAUAGUGCACGAUGGUGGCAUGCUAAUGCUGUUGCCAUUUUUGCUGAAGCAGCAUCGCACCUGGAAAAACUGCAAGAUGCGCAUCUUUACGGUUGCGCAAAUGGAAGACAACUCUAUUCAGAUGAAAAAAGAUCUCAAGAUGUUCCUCUAUCAACUGAGGUUGGAAGCUGAAGUGGAAGUCGUUGAAAUGACUGACAGCGAUAUAUCAGCUUAUACGUACGAACGCACAUUGAUGAUGGAACAACGGAACCAAAUGCUGCGAGAACUGCGACUGAAUAAGAAGGAAACCUUCGGCAUGGUACAAGCAAUCGUUGAUCACCACCAUGCGGAUGUUAAGACGGCGAGCAAGGUUCGCUUUGCAGAACCCGGUACAGCAGAAGGAGAGGAUGCUCCUUCCCCGCCUCUCACCGAUAACGAGGAGAAGGACAAAGAUGACAAGGUGAACACCGAAUCAUACUGAAACUAAUCUUAUUUCAGACAUAAAAAAUGAUCUAAACCAUGG